UUGUUGAUGAACAUUUUGUUGUCAGCUGUUGGUUACUGGCUGACCUGCAAACUGAUUUCCUUAUGUGGAGAGAUGUUCGUGAGGGCCAACCUUUUUGGGGUCGACCUCUGCAAGGGCACAGGCGUUAAAAUACCAGAAUCCCAAGGAGUGUUGUGUGGAGUCGUUUUCCUGGUCAUCAUGUUCCUCUUCAUCCCUAUCCCGUUCAUUGAAUAUUUCACAAAUAGAGGAACAUUCACAUUCCCAUUCCAUGUUUAUGUAGAAUUCCUCGCUGCCUUACUAUCGAUAUGCUGCAUGGUGUUUCUUGGAUUUGCGGACGACGUGUUUGACUUGAAAUGGCGCCACAAACUUUUACUGCCCACCAUAGCCUCGCUGCCCCUUCUCAUGGUCUACCUAGUGACCUUUGACCUGACUAUCAUCAUUAUACCUGCACCUUUCAGGUCUCUACUGGGGUACAGUAUAAAUAUUGGCUGCCUGUACUACAUAUACAUGGGUAUGCUAGCGGUAUUUUGUACAAACGCCAUCAACAUUGUGGCUGGUAUCAAUGGCAUUGAGGUCGGCCAGAGUUUGGUCAUAUCUGCAUCUGUCAUCGUUUUCAACUGCAUCGAAAUGAGUGGUGAAUAUAGUGAGGCACAUUUGUUCUCAUUGUACUUUAUGCUUCCAUUUUUUGCUGUUUCACUUGCACUCUACCAAUAUAACAAAUAUCCGGCCCGAGUUUUCGUUGGGGACACAUUUUGUUAUUUUUCAGGAAUGGCAUUUGCAGUGGUGGCCAUCUUGGGUCACUUCAGUAAGACCAUGCUGCUCUUCUUCAUACCUCAAGUCAUCAACUUCUUAUACUCUGUGCCACAACUCUUUAGAUUCGUUCCAUGUCCUCGUCAUCGACUGCCUAAAUUCAAUCCAAAAUUAAACAAAUUGGAGUUGAGUUACUCAAGGUUCAAGCCAACUGAACUAACAAAACUAGGUCGAAUUAUUCUAAAAAUAGCCUCAAUAUUUAAGUUAGUUCACUUCAGAAAGGUCACAGUGAAAGAUUGUGAGUAUGAAGAGUGCAAUAACCUGACAAUCAUUAACUUUUUCCUGCUCAUUUUUGGCCCCACCCACGAGAAGACACUGACCAAUCGCAUUCUACUCUUUCAGAUUGUCUGCAGUGUGAUAGCCUUGUUCAUCAGAUAUCCUCUAGCCCGCCUGUUUUAUGAUGUAUGACUAAAAUAGACCUUACUUAUAUGUUAUUUAACUUGUUAAUAAUCAAUCAAUUAAUUGAUUACUUAAUUAUUUGAUUAUUUAUUUAUUAUUUAUUUUAGCAUUAUGAUUUUAAAAAUCUUUGUUAGCUAUAAAAUCAUUGAAAUCAUACUUACGGCAAUUGUGUUAAUAGUUAGAUGUAUGUUUGUUACCGUGCUAUUUACUUAUUGGUUCAUCUUAAUGUUACUCUGCAUUGUAUUACAUUGUAAUUAACCACUUCAUCGUCGUUGAAGUUAUUUAAAUUUAUUAAAUUUAAAUAAAUAUUAAAUGUAAUUAAGGAUGGAGUUUUGUUGGCAACAGCUAUAGCCAUCUGUAGAUAGAAAUAAAUACUCGCGUUGUUUGUUUAAUUUUUUUAAUUAAAAAUUUAAUUAUUUGCAGAAUGUAAACGGGUAACUGACAAUAAAAUAAAUAGAAUUCGU